CCUUUCUUGGAAUUCAUUACAAGAAAUGGCGAUGCUGCAUACGGAAACUCUCACACACCCUAUAUAUAUAUAUAUUCACAUUCAAAACACAAAUCUCAGUCUAGGACAACAACAACACACUGCUACCAUUCCCCACCGGUGACUCACAGACAGCAUAGCAUGGCGACCACUAUCAGCGGCAUCCCGCUGGUGGCGCUGCAAGUCAAGGCGCUCUUGAAGAAGAACCUCUUGCUGUCAUGGCGGAACAAGAGGGCGAGUCUGCUACAGUUACUCUCCCCUUUCAUGUUCAUUUUCCUCAUCUUCGCAAUCGACAAAGCCAUGAAGGCAAAGACCUCGACCUCUUCCUCCUACAAGAGCGUCACAGAACCUCCCAUGGAGCCUUCUCUCCCCAUCACCCCCUGCGAGGACAAGCUCUUCAUCAAUCUCCCCUGCUACGACUUCGUCUGGAGCGGCCACCAGAGCCCCAAGUUUCGGAUCAUCGUUGCCCGCAUCAUGAACAACAACCCUGGCCGACCCAUCCCUCCCUCCAAGGUGAAAUCGUUUAAGGACAAGAGUGAAGUGGAUGCAUGGCUUUUCAGUAACCCUAUGCGGUGUCCAGCGGCGCUUCAUUUUAUAGAGCGAAACGAUACCGUUAUAGGCUACGGUCUUCAGACGAAUUCCACCAGUCUUCAGCGGCGAGGGAAGUUCGAGAACCCCACGGCGUCGUUUCAGCUUGCCGCAGAACGUGAAAUUGCCAGAUACCUUAUUGGAGACGCGGAAUUCAGUUGGAAUGUUUUUCUGAGGGAAUUCGCGCACCCUUCCACGACUCCUUUCUCUGUUGUGGCUUCAAUUGGUCCAGCGUUUUUCCUCGUGAUCGCCAUAUUUAAUUUUGUUCUUCAGAUUAGGUCUUUGGUCACGGAGAAAGAGCUUAAACUUCGCCAGGCAAUGACUAUGAUGGGGCUUUACGACUUUGCUUACUGGUUUUCCUGGCUCAUCUGGGAGGCAGUUGUCGCAAUCCUAUCGUCCCUCCUCAUAGUUCUCUUUGGAAUGAUGUUCCAGUUUCGCUUUUUCUUGGAUAACAGUUUUGUGGUCCUGUUCUUUUUUUUCUUCCUAUUUGAACUUAGUAUGACUGGCUUGGCCUUCAUGAUAUCUGCUUUCAUUCGGAAAUCAUCUUCGGCAACAACAGUGGGGUUCUAUAUAUUUAUUGUGGGCUUUGUGACUCAGCUUGUGGCACUAGUAGGAUUUCCUUACAAAGAUAGCUUCUCCAAAACCACACGAAAUUUGUGGUCAUUAUUCCCCCCCAAUCUUUUUUCUCAAGGUAUAAAUGUGCUUUCAGAUGCAGUUGCAACUUCUGAAGACAAAGGUGUUAGCUGGAGUAAACGGGGAGAAUGUGCUCUUAACAAAACAGACUGUGUUAUAACUAUUGAUGACAUUUAUAAAUGGCUUGCAGCUACAUUCUUUCUCUGGUUUGUUCUGGCCAUUUACUUUGACAAUAUAAUCCCAAAUGCAUCGGGUGUGAGGAAAUCAAUAUGGUAUUUUCUAAAUCCCAAUUAUUGGAUGGGCAAAGGAGGUCAAAAAGUGAAAGAGGGUGGGGUUUGUAGCUGUAUAGGUUCAGCCCUAUGUCAAGAACAAAGUACACCAGAUGAUGAUGUCCUUGAAGAAGAAAACAAAGUGAAACAGCAACUAACAGAAGGUCUUGUUGAUGCAAAUAUUGCUGUUCAGAUACGUGGCCUUGCAAAGACAUACCCUGGCACACGUAGCAUUGGUUGCUGCUUUAAAUGUAAAAGAACUUCACCUUACAAUGCUGUUAAGGGUUUGUGGGUGAACUUUGCAAAGGAUCAGUUAUUUUGUCUUCUAGGACCCAAUGGAGCUGGAAAAACUACAGCUAUUAAUUGUUUGGCAGGGAUAACUCCAGUAACUGAUGGAGAUGCAUUGAUUUAUGGACAUUCAAUCAGAAGUUCUAGUGGCUUGUCAAACAUUCAAAAGCUUAUAGGAGUAUGUCCACAGUUUGAUAUCCUAUGGGAUGCACUGUCUGGUCAAGAACACCUCCAACUCUUCGCUACUAUUAAAGGCCUGUCCCCAUCUUCCAUAAAAUCAAUUACCCAGACUUCAUUAGCAGAGGUGAGACUCACGGAUGCAUCCAAAGUGAGAGCUGGAAGUUACAGUGGAGGAAUGAAACGCCGUCUCAGUUUUGCUAUUGCCCUUAUUGGUGACCCUAAGUUAGUCAUUCUGGAUGAGCCGACUACUGGUAUGGAUCCAAUAAUAAGAAGGCAUGUGUGGGACAUAAUUGAAAAUGCAAAGAGAGGGCGUGCCAUUGUUCUUACAACACACUCUAUGGAAGAAGCUGACAUUCUAAGUGACCGCAUAGGUAUCAUGGCAAAAGGAAGUCUUCGCUGCAUUGGCACCUCAAUCAGAUUGAAGUCACGCUUUGGUGCUGGUUUUAUUGCUAAUAUCAGCUUCAAUGGAAACAAUAUUGAAUGUAGUCCUGCCAGUGGAGAUGCAAUAUCUACAGAACAUCAUGAGGCAGUGAAGAAAUUGUUUAAGAAUCAUUUAGAUGUAGUGCCAAAAGAGGAGAACAAUAACUUCCUAACUUUUGUGAUUCCUCAUGACCGAGAGGCGCUCCUGAAAAAUUUCUUUUCAGAGCUCCAAGAUCGAGAAAAAGAAUUUGGCAUAUCUGACAUCCAGCUUGGUCUAACAACUCUCGAAGAAGUUUUCUUGAAUAUUGCAAGACAAGCAGAGCUUGAAAGCGCUGCAGCUGAAGGGAGACUAGUGACACUGACCUUAACAUCUGGGGAAUCUGUGCAGAUUCCUAUAGGAGCUAGGUUUGUGGGAAUUCCAGGAACAGAGUCUGCUGAAAACCCUACUUGGUUCAUGGUAGAAGUAUACUGGGAACAAGAUGAUACUGGUGCCUUAUGCAUUGCCAGCCACUCACAGAAGGUUCCUAUUCCUCAUGGCGUUCAACUAUCAUCUUCUCCUUCUAGAAGACACCGUAGAUAUUUAGGCCAGUCAGGAACAGUUCAUGGGGUUGUGAUUGAUCCAAGUCAAGUUAGUUCAGUGGAUUUUCAAUGAUGUGCAAGCAAAAUGUACACGAAGAUGCAUCAUGCCCAAUUUAUUUAUUUUUUCAACAAGUAUGGGAAGCAAUUAUAUAUGAGGUAUUGAUAUUAGAUAGACACCUCUUUCAAAGCAUAUAAUACCCAACAAUGUUUCAAACAUGAAUGCUUCCAAAAAGAUACAUGUAGGAAAAAAAGAAAACAGGCAUGAGGCAUCAUGUCUUAGCAUAGUUAGAUCCUUAGUUUAGUUUGAUCAUGGUCAAUGGUUAGAACUCUAGUUAGUUAGUUGAAAAUUAGUUAUUUCAACUAACUUAUGUAUAUAUAGCUACAAUAACAAAAUGUAACUAACCAAUUUUACACUUCAAUAACAGAUCAAGCUUAUCCUUCUUUUCUC